UUUUCGAGAGUCAGCAGCGCCAUGCAGAAGCUUCUUUCAUUUCUCGUCGUCGGGAUUAUUUUAGCCCUUUUCAACGUUGAUGCGGCGACGACGCCCCAGAGGCUGCCGGAUAGCCGCAUUGUCAAUGGGCGUGAGGCCGGGGAGGGGGAGUUCCCUUAUCAGCUCUCGCUGCGGCGCCACACCAUCCACAUCUGCGGUGCCUCCAUCCUCGCCAGCAACUGGGCCAUAACGGCGGCCCACUGCAUUGACAACCACGAGAAGAGUCCCCGCGAGUUCACCCUGCGCCAGGGCACUGUCCUGCGCACAACAGGCGGCUCCGUCCAGCCCGUGCAGACCAUCUACAAGCAUCCCUCGUACGAUCGGACGGACAUGAACUUCGAUGUGGCUCUGCUGCGGACAGCCGUCGGAGCCCUCUCCACGACCCCUAUCCGCCUGCCAGCUGUCGGCGAGGCUAUCCCGGAGGGCAUGUCCGCUGUCGUCUCCGGCUGGGGACACAUGGAUAUCAUCAAUCCCGUCCUGGCGCCGGUCCUCAUGAGCACCACUGUGCAGACGGUUAAUCAGGAAAAGUGCCACGAAGCCUUAAAAAAUCACGGCGGCGUCACCGAAGCAAUGUUCUGUGCGGCCGCCAAGAACACGGAUGCCUGUCAAGGCGACAGCGGAGGUCCCAUCAGUGCCCAGGGCACCCUGAUUGGCAUCGUUUCCUGGGGGGUCAGCUGUGCGGAUCCCUAUUAUCCCGGUGUGUACACUCGUUUGGGCCACCCCACUGUACGCCGUUGGAUACGUCUGCUCACCAAAUUGUAAAUCUCCAUAAAUAAAGUAUAUACAUGCGCGAA